ACAUGCGAACUGCACGUGGGCAAGCAAGCCAUUUAUUAGCUAACGAAACACACAAGCCCUAGUGCUCUGUACAUCUGCCGUCAAGCUUCUAGGGUUUCUUUCAGCUUCUGAUUCUAAAUCUCAAUAAACCCUAAGCGCUGAAAACAGCCAAACAGCAUCAAAAUGGUCACAGCCAAGAAAACUAAGAAGACCCAUGAGAGCAUCAAUAACAGAUUGGCUUUGGUGAUGAAGAGUGGAAAGUACACUCUUGGUUACAAAACUGUGCUUAAAUCUCUAAGGAGCUCCAAAGGAAAAUUGAUUCUAUUAUCAAACAAUUGCCCACCUUUGAGGAAAUCCGAGAUUGAGUAUUAUGCUAUGCUCGCAAAGGUUGGAGUGCAUCAUUAUAAUGGCAACAAUGUUGAUUUGGGAACUGCUUGUGGCAAGUACUUCCGUGUAUCUUGUCUGAGCAUUGUUGAUGCAGGUGAUUCUGAUAUCAUCAAGACAGUCCCUGGUGAUCAUUAAGCAGGUCAUUCUUCCAGUUCUGUUAAUUUACCGCAGAGAUUUUUUUUCCCCUUCCAACUUUAGAAUAGUUUGGAAACUACAACAAUUGUCAAUCCUUCAGUUUUGGAUUUUAUUCCCGUCUGCUGUGCGCACUCAAGUGGCAAGUUUUGAUUCAGAUAUUUGAUACAGCAAGCUUUCUAUUAUGAAUCACUAGUUUUCUGAAA